UUGCCUGUCGCCAACGGUGGGUCCGCUGUUUUUGAAACCAAAGUGUGCGACAACCCAAUGUCUGUACCUCGUAUUCAAAGCUCCAGUCUUCGAUGUAAAAAUGAUUGUGGGUUUUAUGGAAACCCAUCCUGGAAUGGCUACUGUUCUGUUUGUUAUCGGGAAACCUAUCUCCAGCAUAGCUUGUCUCGCAACCUCACAGCUAAUAUCACCUCAGUGUCCUCACAAGCCUUCUCCAAGUUUGAGGCGAAACGUAAGCAACUUGCUGGGAAGGGUGCGAACACAUUGAAAAAUAUAUUCCGAUUCACAAAAGAUGGCCUACGAGACAAAAGUUCAAACCUUCCAGAGGAGUGUUACAAUGCGGCCGAUGCGUUCAACACUUUCCUCGGCACACUGAAGGGGACUGUUAGUGCUGAUGUUUCCCGUUUGAUUUCCAAGCUCCUCGAAGAACUGGAAACAAUGGGCGGCUCUCAUAUUGACCAAUACUCGCUGGUUAUACAAAAUUUUUAUCAGAACAUGGCUGAUCGUAUCUCCAAAUCGCCGCUCUACUCGGGUCUAGUUCAAUCGACCUCUGACAAGUUAAUGUCUGCCAUCGAACGGUUUCUAACCACUUGGAUAUACUGUUGGGCUUUCGCCUCUCCAAUCACCGAUGACGAAUCAGUAGAUUUGAAGCUACAAGAAAAGAUUCGUUCAUUGCACUGGAUCACCCCAUCCCUCCUUGACUCCCCCAUCAAUCCCAGAUCACCGGCAGAACUGGCAGCACUGGAUAAUGCCACAUUUGCUUUGAUCCGGGUCAAUGCGCUCUAUGCGUCCGAGGACAAGUUGGAUCAAAUUACCGAAUGUUGUUUGCACGUUUUUGAGGCACUAAAGCAGCACUAUGAACAGCAACAUCAACAAAGUGCCCUAAUGAAACUCGACAAGCUUGCGGGUACCCCAAACGCUGUGCAGCAGACUCUAGAAAACGAAGCUGUCGCUCAGCCAGACAAGCCGAACCUGAGUCACAACACGACCGGCACUCCCACAAGAGCCAACGCAGAUGACUUCCUACCCACGCUUAUUUGGGUCGUGGUCAAAGCGAACCCCCCAUUGUUGCACUCCAACUUGCAAUUUAUCAUGCGCUUUGCCAAUCAAAAGCGGCUCAACUCUGGCCAGGCGGGUUAUUUUUUUACAAACUUGUCAUGCGCAGUUCAUUUCUUAACCAAUCUGACGCACGAAUCUCUCAACAUGACUGAACAAGAGUUCUAUCGAUGCAUGCGGACCGGAAUACCGCUAAAUCGACGCAGUGGAAAGCAAUGUGAGGGUGAACAACUCUUGACCGAUAAUGAAAUCCGUCUCCUGGAUUUGGACGAGCGCUUUACGGACUUUGAGAAACAAGUAGAUUCGAUGGAGAAGGAUAUGAAACAAUUUGAUAUGUUAACCAAAGAACAGAUUUCACAGCUACGGACAAACUAUCCUGUAAACUCCUUGGCGUAUAAGCUUGAUCCACGUCAACUAGAAAACCCGUUUGUUCUGCUCCUUGGUCCUCCUCCUGUCCCUCAGCGGCCAGACGAGUCAACCCUGGGUCUUCCUCCCACUUCCCUGCUAGAUCUAGAAGAUGAAUCGACGGCUCAACUGCUCCCUUCCCCUAUCGAACCGUCUCCUUACGUGCCCACUUCACAGGCCUCAUGUGCUUCGAAAUCGCCUAUUUAAUCUAGUGACGACGGUAUGAGACAGUUUUGUUGUUUGUCGAUCAACUUCUUAUCGUGCAAUCUCGUCAGCAGAACUACUCUCAAUACCAUUUUCAGGUAUUUUGUUUGCUAUUUACUGACGAAAUGACUUCGUUUGGCCGAGUCUAUUUCACUUAUUUUUUUCAGUUUUUAUGGGUUCGGCUUUGGUCACGGUAUGCAGUAGCUUUCUCCUGAGGACUGUGUUCCUAGCCCUUUUAUUGGUCUUCGACUGCAUUAUUUUGUUUUCAUUAGUGUUCAUUCCAACUGUGUGUUUCCGCCUCCUUCCCCUAAUUCCUUUGUCCCAGGUUUGAUUUUCACCUAACUGCGUGACCUGUUCCUCAGGUUCAUCGAGUUUUCUCGACAAGGUCAUCGUCCAUGUGAAUUCCUUGACUGGUUUCUGAUGGUCUUCCAGUCAUUUGAAUUCAAAAAUUUAUGUACAUAUCGCCGUCUUGCUUUCCACUGCAUAAUGAGAACUCAACCAAUGUGUG